GAAACAUUCCAAUAAAAGCAAGCAUCUGGAUUUGGAGGAGAUGCCCCGUGGAGGCAGGUCAACUCUGAGGCAAGGCCUUGAUCGCGAGGUCUACCAAGUCGUUCGCAAACUAAUCGACGACCAAGGAGAAAAUGGCCAAAUUCGCCUGUCAGUAACCGCGAUCUAUGACUCUAUUAAGAGGUCCAAUUCCAGCCUCGGCAGAAAACCAAAGAGAACCCUCGAAGACAGCAUUGAGCGGGUCGUGGAGGUAUUGAAAGCCGAUGAGGUCGCAGAAGAGGAGAACGAUUCCAUAGACGGGGAUUUUGCUGGAUUGGAGGAGGAGCAACCGGUCCCGGAGUCCAACAGCCUGAACAAGAGCAUUGUUGGCAUGUGGAGUACCUCCACCAAACAGCAGAAACAAUCCGAGGCCCCCAACUCGGAAAAUACAACGCCUGCGCCGACAUCGACGAAAAAGCGACACCAUGGAGGCGAGUCCCAUUCGUCCAAGCGGCGCAAAGCGGAAAGUGCUGCCGUCGACCGCUCUCCCCCUACCCAUGUUAGUCUCGCGGAUCUGGGUGGUUUAGAUGAUGUGAUUCAGCAGCUGGGGGAUCUGGUGAUUCUGCCAAUGACCCGUCCUCAGGUCUAUCUGUCCUCGAAUGUCCAGCCUCCUCGUGGUGUUCUGCUUCACGGUCCGCCCGGAUGCGGUAAAACCAUGAUUGCAAACGCCUUUGCCGCGGAGCUCGGGGUCCCGUUUAUUUCUAUCUCAGCCCCGUCCGUUAUUUCGGGAAUGUCAGGAGAGUCCGAGAAAGCCCUUCGGGAGCAUUUUGAGGAAGCCAAGAGGCUAGCCCCUUGCCUUAUUUUCAUCGAUGAGAUCGAUGCUAUUACGCCGAAAAGAGAAAGCGCACAGAGAGAAAUGGAGAAGCGAAUCGUCGCUCAACUCCUGACCUGCAUGGACGAACUGGCUUUAGAAAAAACCGAUGGGAAACCCGUCAUCGUUCUUGCAGCGACGAAUCGCCCGGAUAGUUUAGAUGCGGCUCUCCGUCGGGGAGGCAGAUUCGACAAAGAAAUCAACAUGACUGUACCUUCAGAGCCCGUCCGAGAACUGAUCCUUCGCGCACUCACCCGGAAAAUGCGCCUCGCGGACGACCUCGACUUCAAAACCCUGGCUAAAAGAACCCCUGGCUUCGUUGGUGCCGAUCUCAACGAUCUAGUAUCCACCGCCGGCUCCGCAGCCAUCAAGCGAUACCUGGAACUACUGAAGUCUAACAGCGGGGAAGAAAUGGACAUUGAGGGCGUCGAGGACGACCUCAGCCCUAGAGUCAAGGAGCUCCGACGACUCAUCACCCACGCCAAGGAAACCCCCAUCGGCGACGAAGCGCAGGUCGUCCUCGUAUCCAAUGCGGAUUUCUUUACAGCUCUCCCCAAGAUCCAACCGUCCUCGAAACGCGAAGGUUUCGCAACCAUCCCCGACACAACCUGGGCUGACAUCGGCGCCCUCGGCGGCAUCCGCGAGGAACUCGUCACGGCCAUCGUCGAACCCAUCCGAACCCCAGACCUCUACGCCAGCGUCGGCAUCACCGCCCCCACGGGCGUGCUCCUCUGGGGCCCUCCCGGCUGCGGUAAAACCCUCCUCGCCAAGGCUGUGGCCAACGAGUCCCGCGCGAACUUCAUCAGCGUCAAGGGCCCCGAACUCCUCAACAAAUACGUGGGUGAGUCCGAACGUGCCGUUCGCCAGGUCUUCGUCCGUGCGCGCUCCUCCGUUCCCUGCGUCAUUUUCUUCGAUGAACUGGACGCCCUUGUUCCCCGACGCGACGAUACGCUUUCCGAGGCCUCCGCUCGUGUCGUCAAUACCCUUCUCACUGAGCUUGACGGUCUAGGUAGCAGUCGCCAGGGCAUCUACGUAAUCGCCGCCACGAACCGUCCCGAUAUCAUCGACCCCGCCAUGCUGCGUCCCGGUCGUCUUGAAACCCUUCUCUUCGUGAAUCUCCCAAGUCCCUCGGAGCGCGUUGAUAUCCUGCAGACUCUUGUCCGCAACUUGCCCAUCGAGUUCAGCGAGGACCUGCGACGCCUCGCUGAAGACUGCGAAGGAUUUAGCGGUGCUGAUCUGGGCAGUUUGCUCCGGCGUGCGGGAUACUCUGCUAUCAAGCGCAGGGAUACGAUCAAGUUCGAGGACUUUGUUUCUGCCAAGACAUUUAUCAGACCGAGUGUUACGGAUUUGAAAAAGUAUGAGAAGUUAAGGAGGGAUUGGGGUGGUGGUAUUAUCUAGAGAAAAAAAAAAAAAAAAAAGGGAGGGGGGGG